AUGAGAUGCGCACUUACUAUUAGUCCUACUGAGCUGUGGUCGUGCUUAAGAACUUAUAAAAGCGGUCGUCUUGGCUCAGGCUCAGGCUUCAUCAGACUGAAAAUCCUACAAUCGCCCGUCAUACAGCAAUUGAUUCUUCCACGGCCGCUGGUUGCCGCCGAUGCGGACUUUCCCAUCGUGGCCGCUAACGACCCUUCAAAGCGCACGAUGGAAGAAAAACCUUCGAAGGACGUGAUGCAGUCGAAAGAGACCCCGGACACGGCUCGGUUCCAUCGACCGUAUCCGUUUGCAAGGACCCGCUCGCUGCCAGGAUGCCCCCUGUGCGAUGCAUCGGUGUACAGCUAUUGCGACGAGAAAGCCUACAACGAUGCGUGCUGCUGUGGUUCAUCGAACAACGGCCCGUACGGUGGUGGUGGUGCCCCGGGCGGGUUCGGCGGUUUCGGUGGUGGCGGCGGUGGAUUCGGCGGUGGAUUCGGUGGCGGCGGCUUCGGUGGCUUCAAUGGAGCGGGAUUCGGAAGCGGGUGCGGCUAUUCCGGGUGCAGCCAGCUGUUUGCCAACUCGUGCUACGAACAUCAACUAAUUGUGACCUGUUGCUGCAAUUCGCCCUACUGACGGGCUCAUUCGAAAGGGGAAACGGAAACACGGCACAGCACUCUAGGAUGCCCUUUUUUGUAAUGGUUGUGUGUGUGUGUGUAUUUUUUAACUUUCGUUUUAUCACUUACAUCCGUUAGUUUAAGUUUCGUUUCCAUGGAGUACGAAAAGCCACAGAAGCAUAAGGGAAGUUACUAAACCAGAGCAUUACGAUCUGUGCAGCUGCCUCGGUACGCAAAAAGGAGGGAGGAAGCUGGGACAGGGGCGACAGACUUAUGCUAGUUAAAUGAAUUA